AUGUGUGAAACUUUAAAAGGCAAUAAAAAGACAGAAAUCCAGCUGGAGCACACAGAACAUGAAAUAGGAGAGAAGGAGGACACUCGGCUGGUUGGCGGCUACGAGAACGUCCCCACCGUUGACAUUCACAUGAACCAAAUCGGCUUUGAGAAGGAAUGGCUGCAGUUCUUGCAGGACUACAUUGCACCGGUCACAGAAAAGUUCUAUCCAGGCUACCACACCAAGGCUCGCGCAAUCAUGAACUUCAUGGUCCGAUACCGUCCGGACGAGCAGCCUUCUCUUCGCCCCCAUCAUGAUUCUUCCACUUUCACCAUCAAUGUUGCUCUUAACCACAAAGGGAUAGAUUACAAGGGAGGCGGCUGCCGAUUUCUCCGCUACAAUUGCAAAGUGGAAUCUCCCCGCAAGGGCUGGAGCCUGAUCCACCCAGGACGUCUCACCCACUACCACGAAGGCCUGCCCACCACUUGGGGCACUCGCUACAUCAUGGUUUCCUUUGUGGACCCCUAACGCUGGAAUCCCCUGGCUCCUCCUCCCCUCCGGCCCAUGGAUCGUUGAGGGCACCAUGGUGGCCAGCACACGAGGAGAGGUGCCGAAAAGAGGGGAUGGACUCUCUCUCUCUCUCUCUCUCUCUCUCUCUCUCCCUCCCUCCCUCCCUCCCUCCCUCCAGCUUCAUUGCCACUAAGUGCCUUCAAAAGCAGAGAAAGCGACAACUGGUUUCCAGGCGCAAAUGGACUCAUCUUACUGCUCCGCCCUUCCUCGUUGGGCACCACUAGCAUCAAGAGCCACUGUUGCCCUUCUUUUCCCUCGUCUCCUGUUGUCCCAAGAUUGGAGAAACACAGAGGUCAUUCCACUCUUCGGCCAGUCGUUACUUGAUCCAGAUCUGCUCCGAGCCCCUAAAGAAUUCUUACCCCCCCCCCACACACACACAAAAGAGGAUGAGCAUUGUUGGGCUAAGUCUCUCCACAGAAUGAAUUGGAGGUGGUUGUUUGGUUGCUACACUGCAUCCGACUCUUGGCGACCUCGUGGACCAUAGCAUGCCACGCCCCACCCUCCUGGAGCUUAUCCAAAUUAUUGUUCAUUGCGUUGAUGACAUCAUCUAACCUUUUGAUGAGGGGGACCAAUCAAAAUGACUUUCUCCCAGAGGGGAGCAACAAAUCAUAAAGUGGGUAUGUGGGGUCUCUAACAAUGCUUCGAGCUCUAAGCACAUAGCUCUUAUAAGCAGUGUCCUGAAUAACGGGAAUCGGGCUUCCUAUAAUCUUCUCCGCUGUCCUCACCACUCUCUGUAUGGACUUUCUAUCUGAGGCCCUGCUGUCACCAAACCAAACAGUGAUGCAGUUGAGGACUAUAAGAGCCAUGGCGGCACAAUAGUUAGAAUGCAGUACUGUAGGCUACUUCUGCUGACUGACGGCUGCCUGCAAUCUGGCAGUUCGAAUCUCACCA